AUGGCGUCUUACGGUUACAAUGAUACAUGGUGGAUAAGCAAGAGCCAAGAAGAUGAGAAAAUGUAUAUAGAUCCUCAGAGACUAUGUUGUGGAACUGGCGCCAUCUCACAGGAUGACUCUGUGGAUUAUUUCACCUAUGUCUCUGCAUGGAAUAGCACGGUAAGGCAAAUGAUGGCAGAGAAUUUCAAACGUGACGUGGAUGCGGGAUUCUACCAACCAGUGGAGAUCACUGCAGGUAUCUACGACGGGGAGGACGACUCUGGCGACGAGUCCGACUGUGAGUUCGACUUGGACGCUACUGGUUCAGAGACAGAAGUGGCUGGCGAAGACUCUCGUCAAGAACUCAUAACUCCAAACUAUAUGGUCAAGAUGGUCAAUGCGACGUUGCUGGCAAAUCUACUGAACGUGGAGAACGUCAUAAGGGGGGACGUCUAUUAUGAGACCGGACACGGAAGUCGUCGUUGUCGUUGUCGUGGUGGUGGUAUCUAG